GUCGCCCUCCCAAACUAAUUGUCCUCGACGACGACGCCAAUUGCGCUUCAUCAAUUGGGAGAAGCGAAACCCACACUGUCCGUUGCAAUGGCUUCCCUCCGCGCCUACAACGCAGCCCGCCUGCUGCGGACCGCCGCUCCCUUCCGAGCUCCCGUCUCCGCGCCCGUAACCGCUCGCCGAUUCGAGAGCCAGCUCACGACCGGCACCACGACACAGCAGCCCUCCGCCGUGCCCCCCUCGACCGAGCAGAACGAGCCCGACUACAGCAUCGCCGCCGAUAAGGCCACCUCGACCUUCACCCCGACCCCCAAGAAGCUCCAAAACGGUAGCGAAGACGUUCCCUAUGUCCAGGCUGCCGUCAUCUCCGGUGCCCCCAUGGAGCUCCAGGCUCGCACAGUCCGCAUCUACCAGGAAUCCAAGCCCGCAACGCAAUCAGGCAACUGGAAGGGCCACCACUGGCGCAUGGACUGGGACAUCCUCCCCAAGGGCCACCGCUGGGAGAACCCGCUCAUGGGCUGGCAGUCGUCGGCCGACAUGAUGCAGGGCACCAAGCUCAACUUCAAGUCCAAGGAGGACGCCGUCCACUUUGCCGAGAAGCAGGGCUACGAGUACUUUGUCCAGGAGCCCCAGUCAAGGCGGAUCAAGCCCAAAGCGUACGCCAACAACUUUUUGUACUCGCCCAAGAAGCUUAAGCACAUUCGGACUAAAUAGAGGGGGAGACUGCUGUACGGAUACUACUUGUAUAUAAACCUUUCAAGACAUUUCCUUCUCGCCCAGGGAUCAGACACCCCGUUGUUAGCUAGAACGUGGUGAAGACGACGGUUGUGGGAAAGAAAGCAAUAAAAAAUUGAAACAUCA